ACAGGGGGCGCUCUUUUCUCUAAUGGUGGUGGUUUAUUUCCAGUUCGUAGGUUUAAAAAGGCAGCGAUUUCCUCUUAGACAAAUCUGUAAUAUGUGGGAUAAUUAGGUUAGCAGUACAAACACAUAAUCUACUCAUCCUAUUUUUCUUCAGCAGUACAUGUUUCUGGUGGAAGCCAUUAACUUUCACUUUCACUUUACACGCAUGGCUGUCCGGAACAACAGCAUUCAGGUCUGAGUUUAUUUCCUCUUUUUUUAAAAAAAAACGCUGCAUUCAAAAUCUUUAUACUUAAUCCACGGUUUGUAAGAGUAUACAUAUAUUUAUCGUUCAUUUGAAUCUAGUUCAUGUUAUCACCCUUUCCAACAGAGUUGAUGUUCCUACUUUUUCACUUCUGUGAAAAAUAUCCCCUCCGCAACAACACAAUGAUUCAGUUCAGUUUUCUACUCAUUUUCCUUUCUCUCGUUUCUCCUACUGAUUCCAGCGACUCAGAAAACAAGCUCUUUGCUACAACCAAUUCCUAUUUUCCAUGGAAACUAAGACUGUCAGACACAGUAAAGCCAGUUCACUAUGAUUUACUAAUUCACCCAAACCUAACUUUCCUCAAUUUUACUGGAAGAGUACUGAUUCAGGUGGAAGUCCAGCAGGACACCAAGCACAUUUUUCUUCACAGCAAAAAUCUUGAAAUCUCCAAGGCAGCUGUUUUGCAGCAUGGAAUUGCUCAUGAUCUUCACGUUCACGAGUCUGAGCCCUUUGAGCAGAUCGCGUUGUCUUAUCAGAACUUCACGUUUAUAAAUGGUGUACACGUUAUCCAGAUAGAUUUCUCAGCAAACCUGUCUAGCAGUUUUCAUGGCUUUUAUAAAGGCUCAUACACCACAAGGAGUGGUGAAGUCAGGGCUUUGGCAUCCACCCAAUUCGAGCCUACACAUGCUCGUGCGGCUUUUCCCUGCUUUGAUGAACCAGCCUUCAAAGCCAACUUUUCUAUCCGGAUACGCCGUGAGCCAAGGCAUAUUUCCAUUUCCAACAUGCCAAAGUUAAAAACGGUGGCGCUUACAGCAGAUUUGCUGGAGGAUCAUUAUGACGUGAGUGUGAAGAUGAGCACUUAUCUAGUGGUCUUCAUUGUUUGUGAUUUUGCCUCCAUCAGUAAGAGGAGCCAGCAUGGUGUUCAGAUAUCUGUGUACACUGUGCCAGAGAAGAUUAAUCAGGCUGAAUAUGCCCUCAACACGGCAGUAACUCUACUAGACUUUUAUGAUGAUUAUUUUGGAAUCCCAUAUCCACUCCCCAAACAAGAUCUUGCAGCAAUUCCUGAUUUUCAGUCCGGUGCAAUGGAGAACUGGGGCUUGACCACAUAUAGAGAAUCCGGACUCCUGUUUGACCCUGAAAGAUCGUCUACCUCUGACAAACUGGGCAUUACAAAGGUCAUUGCCCAUGAGCUUGCACAUCAGUGGUUUGGUAACUUGGUGACAAUGCAGUGGUGGAAUGACCUGUGGUUAAAUGAGGGCUUUGCCAAGUUCAUGGAAUUUGUCUCCACCAACAUCACUUAUCCUGAGCUACAAGUGAAUGACUACUUCCUGGAAAAGUGUUUCACUGCCAUGGGUGUAGAUUCUUUAAGCUCCUCGCACCCCAUCUCUACCCCCGUGGAAAAUCCUGCAGAGAUCCGAGAAAUGUUUGAUGAUGUAUCAUAUCAGAAGGGGGCCUGUGUUUUGAACAUGCUGAGAGACUUCCUGACACCAGAAGUGUUUAAUCUUGGGAUUAUAAAUUACCUGAAGAAACACAGCUACCAAAAUACAGUGAAUUCUGAUCUCUGGGACAGUCUGACAAAUAUUUGCCACUCGGAUGAUUUUGACUUGGGGACAUUAAACACAGCCGGCUUCUGCACCGAAACCAAGUCCAAAUCUUCUGCUUCUAAAUGGUUUAUGGAGGAUGACUUAAAUGUAAAGGCUAUCAUGGACACCUGGACACUGCAGGAGGGUUUUCCCAUGAUCACUGUAAAGGUCAAAGGCCGAGAGGUCAAACUAAAACAGGAGAGGUACCUUAAAGGGGCAGAUACAUCAAAGAAUUCAAGCUUCCUUUGGCAAGUGCCCUUGACCUAUAUCACCAGUAGCUCCAGCUCUGUCCAGCGUUUUCUGAUGAAAACUAGAAAAGAUGUACUGUACUUGCCAUCACAAGUGGAGUGGAUCAAAUUUAACGUGGACAUGAGAGGUUAUUAUAUUGUCCAUUACGAAGCUCAGGGCUGGGAAGCUUUGAUCAGGCAGCUUCGAAACAAUCACACUGUUUUUAGUGGGAAUGACAGAGCAAGCCUCAUUCACGACAUAUUCCAGCUGGUCAAAAUUGGGAAGGUUCCCCUGGAUAAGGCCCUGAGCCUGAGUCUGUACCUGAAGCAGGAGACUGAAAUCAUGCCAGUGACUCAGGGCUUCAGUGAACUUGUUCCUUUUUACAAACUCAUGGAAAAGAGAAACAUGGCAGAUCUGGAGCACCAGCUAAAGGCCCAUUUAGUGAACUUGUUCAAGGGACUGAUUGACAUACAGACAUGGAGUGAUGGGGGCUCAGUGUCAGAGAGGAUUUUGCGUAAUUACUUGCUCCUCUUUGCCUGUGUGCGCCGCUAUGCCCCAUGUGUUAGUACAGCCCAAAAUCUUUUUCUCAAGUGGAAGGAGUCAGGUGGCAUCAUGAGGUUGCCUGCUGAUAUCCGCUUGGUUGUGUACACUGAGGGUGCUCAAACAGAAGAAGGCUGGGACUUCCUAAUGGAAAUGUACCGUCAAACGAUGUAUCCCUCCGAAAAGAGUCAGAUUAAAGCAGCGCUGUCCUACAGCCCACUGGCUCACAAGCUAGAGUGGCUAAUGGAGAAGGGUCUAGAAGGAAAUGUCCUGAAGACCCAUGAGCUUCCAUCAUUUGUCAUUAGUGUCAGUAAAAACCCUAAUGCAUAUAAACUUGCCUGGAACUUCCUGAAAGCCAACUGGCAAGACCUAGUUAAAAAGUUCGAUCUUGGUUCCUCUUCAAUUUCACGUAUGGUUGUUGGAGUAACCAAUCAGUAUUCAACCAAGGAGAUGCUAGAUGAGGUACACUCUUUCUUCAGCUCACUGGAGGUAGAUAUGGGUUCAGAACUUCGCAGUAUCCAGCAAGCCCUGGAGAAUAUUGAGGAGAAUAUCCGCUGGAUGGAUAGAAAUAUUCCUCUUCUUAAAGACUGGCUGAACAGACACAAUACAUGAUUUAUGCUAGAGAGCUGGAGAUAACUCUCUUGAUCUGGGAUCUGUGUGUGUGUGUCACCUUUAAAUCAGUGACAAAUAAAAAGACGAUGACAAAAUAAGGGAUGCAGUGCUGAACCCUAGUAUGUAACACUCUUUUUAGAAUGGAGCUAUUUCUAAUUCACACAAUUUUUGUUAAUUUUGUAGGUGCAACUGAAAUAAUUAUUGUACAGUUUAAAGCAGUUAAGGUUGGCAGUAUUGAGCCUUUUACAUAAAUAUACACAAAAUCAAAUGCAAAUAAUAUGGAAUAAUGAGAAACUGACAGUAUAUUUCAUAAAAUUAUACUAUGACAAAAAGCAUUUAUUUCUUUGUGAAAUACAAAGUAGAUUCAUGUGUUAUCUAAAACAAAUAAGUAAAAUCAGAAGUGUAUUUGGUUAUUUACAGAUACAAACAAUUAAAAAAAAGCAAUACAUGCAACACUAUAAAAACAACACAUAGUCCCCUGAAACACAUACAGCAGAAUAUGCAAGCCUAAAAGACAAUAAGAAAACAUUCUACCCAAAAAAAUAAGUUAAAAUAAGUAGGUUGGUACAGUUUGUCGAAAGCUGAUACACGGCUCAUUAAAAUUCUUCACUGUUGAACUGAGUAUAACAGAGACCAAAGAAGCUUAUGUAAAAAAAUGGACAUAUCCUGUAAAUUGUUUACCACCAGGUAAAAUUUCUUAUACCAU